CAAUAUAUUAUAAGUCGAAAUGGGAAACUGGUCGGAGUUGCCACCGGAUAUCAUCCACAUAAUCUCUCUAAGAGUUGACAACCCCUUCGAUCUGAUCCAUUUCCGAUCGGUAUGUUCAUGGUGGCGUUCCUCUAGUCUUCCCACAUACCGACCGAUUCCAUCACUUAGAUGUCCUCUUCCCCCAGAUGUCGGCGGCUGCGGAGAUGACUGCCAUAUCUUGAGGAGUCGUGUUUAUCUAAUCAAGUCUCUUUCUCACGUGCCUCACCGGUUUUGGUUGUUUAAGCUGCAAGAAGAAGAGAAUGGAGAACUUGCUCUGCAAAGCUUGUUCAGUAGAACCACCUCCUCUGAGUGGGGAUGUUCAUAUCCAAGUCUGUCACUUGACUUGCUCAACUCUCAAGUCAUUGAGCUAGCUCAAGAACAUGUCGCUCGUUACACCUAUUGGUGCGACCUAUUCGAUGAUGGUUUUCCGGCUAAAUAUGAAGAACGUGUCGGCUUUGUGCGAUUAGAUCCAGAGAACAAGGAGUUUAUGAUUUUGGGAAGGCUCUCAUUUCAAGGCCUUGGUAUGUAUAGGUCAUUUGAGGAGCGUUGGACCAAGAUCAAGACAACACCAGAUAUAUAUCCAGAAGCGUUAGCAUCGUUUAAGGGAAAAUUUUAUUCCAUAGAACCAACCGGACUAAUGAAAGUGGUAAAGCCAUCUCUAGAAGUCAAUUCGUUUCAGCGGUCGAGGCCUUGCGAUAAGACAAGGAGACGUUGGCUUGUCAAGUCGGGAGAAAAACUUCUACUAGUAGAGAUCUGCACCGAGACCCGAAAAGAGUAUUUCACACCAAGACUCCAAGACGAAAAGGGAUGGUUCGAGAUUUCGGAGUUAGACGAAGAGCGAAACGAUUGGAUUCAAGUGGAAGAUGUGGGUGGUUGCAUCUUGUUCUUGGACUACUUUUGCUCCUUCUCUUGUCUGCCCACUCAGAUUCCGGGUUUCAGACCCAACUCAAUCAUCUUCGUGAAUGUUUUUGGAGGUUAUGGACAUAAACAUUUUCAGGUGUAUGAGUUUGGUAAGCAAGGGUUUAGAUCUUUUGGAGAUAUCUCCGACUAUGUUCAACUUUUUCCAUCUCCCCCAUGGAUCAUUUCCAACGGAUGAUUGAUCAUCACAAUAAAAACGAACAUGUUUGCAUCAUCAUCACAUUUCAACCCCAAAAACUUUUAUAUCUUAUAAAGCAUACAUAAGACUGAAAUAAAGUUAUACGAAAUCAUUUAAACAUCUUUAAGAAUUAUGUAUGUAUAGAUGUAAUAUUUUUGUCGAUAAACUGAUACAAUUAUGUAAUAAGCCGAAUUUUUAAAAGUUGCAAGCAAUUUAUGUGAUACA